AUGAAGAUGAGUGAAUCCAGUGCAAAAUCGAGUCAGCCCCUGGCUGCCAAACAGGACAAGGAUGUAACUGAGAAGAGAGGACGAGGGCGGCCCAGGAAGAAGCCUCAGGUUUGUGGAAAGCUUCCCUUCAUGUUUUGCAAGCUGUGCUUUAUCACUUCUCAUUGACUACGGCUAGAAAAAGCUAAAACAUAGUAAAAGGGUAACGUGGAGGAGCACUACUACCAUGUAAAGGAAAGUUGUUGAUACAGUAUGAGGCAGGAGAUCAAUAGGACACCAGCUUUUUAUUGUCCUCUGGGGAGAAGGGCAGAUUUGCCUGAUGUUGGCAAUAAUCAAAGUAGUGACUUCUCUCCCACCCCCCUCCACCUUGGACAUGACUGCCUGAAAGAAUCUCAUGCUCUGGGGGUCCUUUGGUGCUCUGUAAUCAUCAUAAUGUUGUCCUCCCUCACCAUGGAAUCAGAAGACCUCUGAGCCACAAAUGAUAGUUGGCCUACCUGCAAUUGAUAUUGCUACCCUUGUGUGCCUUCUGCAUCCCAGCAGGGUUCCUCCCCCCGCUUUACAGUAACUAUUCUGAUCCUAGGGGAAAUUGAGCUUCCCUGGCUUCAGCUCUGGAGCUCCUCAAGGUGUUGAGUUGCAUGAUCCCCUGUCAUGCGAGUCUUAAAAAGACCAGGUUCUAACUGAAGGAAUCUUUCUGCCACAAGCCUUCGUCAUUUCAGGUCAUCAUUCUGUGCUUUGAGCUCACUGUCCUCUGUCCCUCUUGACUUCCUUUUCUGCGGUUUCUUGAUGGGCAUUGUUGAUUGGUGUCAGUGCCGCCUGCAGUGGCGUAUAAAACCUGCCCCGCAGUACCUUUUUAUGCCUGCUUUCUAGUGGUGAAAAGGACUAGUUUUCUUACGUUCUAAGAAAUGUGCCACUUGUAUGACUGUGAUCCUUCCUGCCUCCUCCAAGCCUGUUGUGCUAUGUGUGUCAGGUAACUUAUCAGUCAUUGGAAGUGAGCAAGUUGUCACUCAGUUAUGGCACUAACCUUUUCACUGCAGUAUGUUUGAAAGUGUGUCUUUCAUCUAAAUGUAUGGAUGCUUCUAGAAUUGGGUUCCAUUAGGGCUGGGGUGAGGGAUUGUGCCACUUCAGAUGGUGCCAGACUCAACUCCCAACAGCAUUUUCCAGCAUUUCAUUUUUUCACUUUGAUUUUAGUUCACCUCUUUUCAUGGCUAAUCCUCCCAAGGCAGCUCACAACGUAUUGAAAGAAUGUGUUCCAAUGUGCCAAUGGUCGGGGGUGAUGAGAGCUUUAGUCUAACAUCUGGAGGGCCACAGGUCCCUCAUCCUUCCAUUGGCCCCGUGAGUAACUUUUGUAUGUAGCUGGAGUUAAAAUAAGGCUGGGUUGAAAGAAUUGCCAAUAUUUCCCCAUCAAACUGAUUACCUGCCACAGGAGCUUAAACAUAAUUUUGACUUUGAGUGGUGAUACUCUUUAACACUGAGUUGAUGUCUUCUGGAUUCUUCUGUGCAUCUGCUGUUUUCUCCAUAUUCUGAUAUAUUUAUUUUCUGAUAGACGUUAAAUAGAAAUCUUUUUGUGGUUUCUUCCAUUCUAAUAUCGGGUCCUGACCUCUGUUACUGUGGGUCAUAUGUGGAAGAAGUAAAACCAAAAUCUAGCUGCUACAUCUGGCAUUUCUAUUAGCUGGUCUGAGGCAGCAGUGCCAUCUUCCUCCUCCCAUCUGCCCAGGGUGGAUUUGAUUUAGAUCAGAUUGAUUUAAAUCACAAUUUAAAUCAUUAGUCAGUAGUCAGUAAGCCUUGAUUUAAAUCAAUUUUUUUACAGAAAGACUCAUUCUUGCUUGUAUAAUCUUAAUAUUUACAACCAGAUGAAGGUUUCAUUUUUGGAAUAAUAAAUUUCCAGAGUAGUCUUUACAGUUAUAUAAAAAAUACAACAAUGAAAUUAUUGUGAGGUUUAGUAAGUUAAGUGUUUAUUUUUUGACAACUUUUUUGCUGUAUUUUAUUGGAAGGAGAAAAAUAAUCAUUUCCUUAAUAACAGUUUAAACAAUUUAUUUAACUAAAACAAUAACAUUAUAGCAUAUGUAUCCAUGUUUGUUAACUGAUGUGGUUAAACAAUUAAAAAAAAAACUUAGCCUGAGUUUUAGCACACAGGAAAAACUUAAAACAAAUCCUUAUUUCCUGUUGAAUAGCCUUUGGACUAUAAUGUACCGUAUUUGUCGCUCUAUGGGACGCACCCGACCAUAGGACGCACCUUGUUUUAGAGGGGGAGAACAAGAAAAAAAAUUCUCCCCCUCUCUGCGCAGCGCCCCUUCAGCAAAGCGGUAAGAGAAACGGAGCCCCUUCCAUUUCUCCUCCCGCUUCGCUGAAGGGGCGCUGCGCAGCUCUCCCUCUCCCACAUUGCCUUCGCCUUCAGUGAAGGCAAUCCGAAGCCUCCUGAGUCCCAGCCCCAGGGACCACACAUUCGCUCCCUAAGAUGCACGCACAUUUCCCCUUAGAUUUUAAGAGGGAAAAGGUGCAUCUUAUGGAGCGAAAAAUACGGUAACUUAAAUAGAAAACUAGAAAGAUUUUUUCCUCCAAAAGCAUUUUAUUUUAAAAAUCCAAUGUAAAUUUUAAAAAAUUGAUUUAAAUUAUAAAAAAAAAACAUUUAAAAAAAUCAUUGAUUUUUAUCCACUCUGCAUCUGCCUGAGCUCUCUGAAUAAGACUGUUACUCUUGGGAAGCAGAAGACAGGGCUGCUGGUGUAUUACUGAGUGGCUAUUAGCCGCAGCUAUAAAUGGAAUGUGACGGGGAAAUUAAAAACAGUAGCUGUGUGAAGCUUAACUUGACAGAAUUGAUAUAAUUCGCAAUAUACGAAUGAAUCUCCAGGUGUCCAGGCUGUGCUUUUGUGCAUUGGGGUGGGUGCCUAAAGUAAUAAAUGUACACUCCUGAUCUCACAGAAAAGGAUUUUGUCUUAAGAUCUCAUGGCUUGUAUAGAAAAGCAGCUUGUCUCUUUCCACCCUCUACUACUUCCCAUUCAAAAAAGUUCUACCAAGUUGUUGGUUUUUUUUAAGGGGCAAUGCCUUCUGUGUCAUAAGAGUUACAAAGCUUGUGCAUGUGUCUUGUGACCAAUUCAUCAUGCAGUCUGAGUGGAUCUUUGCCUUUCACCAUGCAUUGUGAGAACUCUGAAGAAAUACAGGCCCCAGAGCAAACAGCUCUGCAAUCGAAGGCUGUGCCCACUGCAUUGCAAAGCACCAACUUGGUCAGUGUGCAGAGAGGAAAAUCUGUGUGUCCUACACUACUGAAGGUGUGCAGGCAAUCAUCAGUGGGGCAUCUCCCAGCACUGUGCUUCAAGCACCGUGGGGCACAUUCUUUGCCUAAACCAAGACUGAUAUGUAGGUAUGGCGUUAACACUUUAACGUGAAGCUUUGCAUCAUUUCCAGCUGUUAACGAGAUGAACUAAUACCAGAAAUUACUCUGUAGUGCUUUUCCAGUAGAUAUCACACUUGUUUAAACAAAAAACAAAAAAACCUUUGCUGUAGUUUUGUGGGAUUUCUUACUUCGGUCACUGAAGCGUCUGGGAAGGAAUCAGAAGGAACUUAAUCUGCCUGGGACGAUGUGCAGGCAUAUCUGCUCUUUAUUGGCCGGCUGCUGACUAUAAUGUUAUUUCUUUCUAUAGCAAGAACCCACUGAGGCACCAACACCCAAGAGACCACGCGGUAGACCAAAGGGGAGCAAAAAUAAGGCCACUUCAAAGGGAAGGGUAGGUAUUCUCGAGGCUGGGCAGCAAAUUUGAGUUCCUUUCCACCCCCAUGUACUCUUUUCUAUACUGCCCAACUGAAGAUGACUCUUAAGACUGUAUCUGGAGUUCUGCCUGGACACACACAAAAAGAACAAAUCCUUUUCAAUGGAAGAAUGAGCCAGUCACAGGAAGUGUCAGUGGCAUACUCCCCACACUCGUUUUAUUGAGAUACCUUUUAUUAGGACCUACUAACAAUAGCAAAGUGGUGAGCUGUAGUUCUAAUAAAGUUAUGCCAUCGUUCUCACUCUGGAUCCCCCCCCCCAAAUGGUUUCGUGCUUACUGUCUUUUUGCAGGGGAUGUUUUCUCAUCUGUUCAGUUUGGGCAUUUGAACUAAAAUAUAAUCCCCUGAAGUUUUAAGAGCAAACCAAACUUGUUGGAAGAGGAAAGUUGGGUUCUAAGCCUGACCCGUCCUUCCAACACCUAACAAAAGGGAAAAUUUGCAGGCAAAAUCAGAAGUGGAGUUUUUAUACCUCUCCAGCUGCCCACUGACUCUCCUCUGAAGUCCCCCCCACAAAAAAGUCAGUUUUUAACUCUUCCUGGGGAUGGAGGGGGCCUUAAAAAGAGAAGACUCAGUAGAUGCAGGAGUGUUUGAGCACUCAGUCCUCCCUUGUAAAUGCUUGUCUCUGCAAACAUUGAGACUAGAGACCAUACAUUUGGCCCUGUGUCAGUCUUGAAAACUUAAUUCGAAAAAGAGGCCUAGGAUGUUGGACUUGUGGGGAAAGGAAUACCAGAAUCUUGCAUACAUCCAAAUCUCAGCUAUUGUGUGCAGAAGCUUUUUGAAUUAGCUGAACAGCUGGUGACAUUUGUUUGUUGUGACCAUUUGUCCUGGCAGCUGGAGUUUGCAUGGCUGUAAAGAGCGGAAAGGGAUAUGCCCCAUUCAGUUGUGCAGGAGGAAGAUGGGGAGAGCUAAUUUUAAUGGGAAUCGAGGGGUGGGGAUGGGUUCUCCCCACACCCCUCACACCUUGGCCCCAGUUGUUUAUGCUGUGUCACAGGCACCUGGCCAUCGCAUUCUCCAUGCUGGUGGAGAGCAAAGUCUUGAUGAAACUGGGUCCCAUGUGGUUGAAACUGGGAGAGGGUUGGGAAGAUAGUAAGCAGAUGACCCCACAGUUGGUGACUUGACAGCUGUUUGUAUGUGUAUGAAAUCCAAAACUGGACUCAUUCACAAAAGAGCAUAUUCUUCCUCCCUCUCCCCCUCCUUCCACAAGUAGAUACCAAGAAGGAUCUUUUUAAGUGUCCAGCUGCUUUUGAGCAGCAGAUGCCUGGUCCUGAAUUGACAGCCAGGCUGCAGAGGUUAUUUCAGUGGACACUUCAGCUUAACCCAAGCCCUUUCGCCAUCUGUUCCAGUGAUAAAUGCAAAGGGAAGGGAAGAUCCAGCAAAUGCUGGAAACAGUUGCCCCUGCCUGUUGUGCACCUGGCUCCCCAGAGCUGCUGUGCUCCCUCCUCCCCUCUCACUUGUGGGCUUUGUGAAGGAGACUCUUGCAUAGUCAGUUGACUCCCAAGUAGGGAGUUAGGGAUCUUGCUUCUGCAGCAGCUUGAUGCAGCGACAUUUCAGUGAUUUGAAGAAACUACUUGAUAGGUUCAUAUUGUCGUUAGUUGCCUUUGAAUGCCUCCUUUACUGUGUUGGUUAAAUGGUACCAUCCAAUUUGCAGUCCACUUCAGCACUGAAGCAACUGCUUUUGGUGCUCUUGUUGCUGCCUACUACCAACUCGUGAUGGUACUUGCAUUGCUCUGCAGGUACCUAACUCAUUUCAGACCAUUCCUUGGGCCUUUUUGGACUUAUAGUGGCUGCUGCAGAGGUUUGAGCAGGCUGCCCUGGUAGCCUUGCUUUAGCACCUGUCCAGACCGCUUCCCCUACAGCUGGUUUCUCCUCGUAUCGCUGAACCAGAACAGGAAGGAUAUGUCAUGCAAAUGAUGUACCCAAGAGGUCUCCAAAACAGUCGCUCUCCUGUUCUUUGGUUACCCACACUGAUCCUGCUAGUCCCACAGAGAAGCUUGGGGACUCUAGGUGCUUGGAUGUGCUGAAUUGUAAUGUUCACCUGUCUACUUUGAAUCACACAGCCACAGUUUACCCAACUAGUUAAAAGUGGAACAACUGGGUUAGGCUGUCAGUAGGUUAGGAGUGGUUUGGGAUGCUGUACCUGACGGUUGGGGAACCUGUGGCCUUCCGGAUAUUGCUGGAAUCCCAUCAGCCACUGCCAGAAGGGUAAGAGAUCAGGAAUCAUUAUUUAGGUAUGCCACUACUGCGGCCAGUGUUUUAUUAGCCCAAAAAUGGAAAACGAGGGAGUUCCCAGAAUGGCAACUUAAACUGAUGGAAUAUAUGCAGCUUGUGGACCUAACAUAAAAUAAGAGGACAAGAAGAACAUACGUUUAAAGAAGAUUGGAAAAUGUUUAUUGAAUAUAUGGGGGGGAAUUGUGUACACUUGAAAACAUUGGCAGCAUUAAGAUAAAUUCAACAGUGUAAACAAGUUUUGAUGGAUGUAAUAAUGGAAUACUGAAUGGUUUAAUUAUGUAAAAUAUGCAGGGAUUUAUGAUAUGCAAAAUGAACCAUGGAAAGAGAAGAAGGGAAGUCAUUGAUAUUUUAAGGUUGCUUAAAUGAAUAUUCUAAAAUGUAAAACAGAAAAUUUAAUAAAAAUUAUAUAUAAAAAGGGGACUCAUUGGAGUUGUAGCCCAGCAACAUCUGGAAAGUCACAGGUUCUCCAUCACUGUUGUAGCUGGGAACCAUCUGUCAAAAUGUCCGUCCAAUAUGAUAGGGAUCAAACGUCAGUCUUCUUCAUUGGCCCCUUAAAGGUUUUGUGUAUAAUAAGUACCAAUAAAAGAUACUCAGGGAGAAAAGAUACUUUCACAAAUUUCCAAGAAUGGGGUGUGUGUAUGUUUGGUUUUAAACCUGUUUUGAAAACACGCGACUCAUAUCCUGCAUGCUUCUGAGUCAUGGGGCUGGAGCCCAGAUGGCUCCUUUUGGAAAUGGCUGUGAUGGUAAAGGAUGACAAGGGAUGGACUUGUGGCACUGACCCCAAAAGGAAAAGCCAAGAGACAACUGCCAGCCCCAAAUGUUCAAGCCCUCAUGAGUCACAUCCUCUGAUUGUGAGAUUAACUUAGAAUUCAUGAGAUUUUGCGUGUUUGUAAUAUCUCCUUUUUGAGUACAUUUGAAGAGUCUUUUUUUUUAUUUUCCUUGGCACAUGUGAAGGUCGCCAAAUGUGCAGUGUGUGUGUGUGUGUACAGCAGUCUUUCCCAACCAGGUGCCCUUCAGAUGUUUGGGACUACAACCCCCAUCAGCCUCGGUCAGCGUGGCUAGCGGUUAGGGAUGAUGCGAAUUAUAAUCCCCACAUCUUUAGGGCACCGGGUUGGGGGAGGCUGGAAUAUAAAGAGACGCUGCCAGGGGCCCCCAAACCAGGUGCCGCCUUCUCCCCCGCUCUACUCUGGUCACAGUGUCCCCCACCCACCUGCUCCACUCACACUUCAACUGUACAAGGUAAUUUUUUACAGGAUUCUCCACUUAAAUCAGAAUUGGACUAUAUGACCCUCUUUCUCGAAUUGGACUAUAUGACCCUCUUUUUCGAAUUGGACUAUAUGACCCUCUUUCUCGAAGUUGGGGAAUCCCUUUGGUUGUUUCUUAACAUUUGCAUUUUGUAUACCUUCUGAAAAUUUAAAAAAGGUUUUAAAAAUAAUAAUAAAAGAAAUAACAACAAAGAAUCGGACUAUAUAACCACCUUUAUAUUCUAGAGCAGGGAUUGGAAACUUGGAGAGCCAGUAUGGUGUAGUGGUUAAGAGCGGUGGACUCGUAAUCUGGGGAACCGGGUUCGCGUCUCCGCUCCUCCACAUGCAGCUGCUGGGUGACCUUGGGCUAGUCACACUCCUCUGAAGUCUCUCAGCCCCACUCACCUCACAGAGUGUUUGUUGUGGGGGAGGAAGGGAAAGGAGAAUGUUAGCCGCUUUGAGACUCCUUUGGGUAGUGAUAAAGCGGGAUCUCAAAUCCAAACUCUUCUUCUCUUCUUCUUCUUGUGGCCCUCCAGAAGUUCAGCUACAACAUUCAACCCUGGGCAACAUGGUCAUUGGUCUGGAUGAUGGGAAUUAUAGUUCAACAGCAUCUGGAGGAUUAGAGGUUCCUUGUCCCUGUUCUAGAGCAAAAGGCUUCCUCUCUGAGGAAUACCAGCUGUUAACAUGAAACCUGCACUGCUGUUGGUAUUUAAGAAAGAAGCAAAAGAUCCAAAGACUGAAACAAUGGUCUGAAAUAGGCCUGAGUGUCUGGCAAAGGCUUGUUACGUUAUCUUAAAGCUUUCUUCUUUCUAUUCUGUCUGCCCAGAAAGCUGCUGUGACACCUGGGAGGAAACCUCGAGGCCGACCCAAAAAAUCAGUAAGUUUUUGUUUCUUUUCAAGAGAAAUAACACUUCUACUGGAAGAAAUGGCGUGUAGUUUUCUGUUUCUGUUUUAAGACACUCAAGCCACUGCAGAUAGCUAAAGGCUUCGUAUCCAUAAUCUGUUCAUGAAUACUGGGUUCUCUAGAUAGGGAGAGAUAGUAUAUGGAACACCACAUGAUUCUGCUACGUUUUUAAUUGGUGCUACGUUGCUACUGCUUUUGAACCUUUGGUUCCUUUCACCUUUGAGUGCAUGCGCACACAAAUAUCCUUACUCCGCUAGAGUACAGUCAGCAGGAGGCUGGUAUACUCUUCCUAUUUUCCCCAGGAAGUGAUGUGUAUCUUGCAAACUAGGAAACAGGAAAUACUUAAUUUCAGCUUAGUUGAAACCCCAAGUUAAAAAAUGCUAUGAUACAAAGAGGAUGCAGCAUCCCUGUAUUUGAGCUUGUUUGGUGGCCCUCUGAAUUCAGAGGCCAAAUGGGGUAAUAGGCAACUGUGUUGUGGAUCUGGAGGCCCCGAGAAACUGCAACAGAUCUUAGUCUUGCCUGGCAGCUGUUUAUGCAGCAUGGAGGAGCUUGUUGGGACUAUAUUGGAAGCCCCAAGGGCUGUGCUGCUCGCAGGUAUUUCUAUCUUUGGUCCCUUGGGGGUUUCUUCAUGGCAUAUUCUAUUUUUAAGCAAAGCAUCAUUUGGGCUUCUUCCUCACACUAUGUUUCCAUUUUAUAAGUAUUCCUAGUGUGUUCUCCCUCUUGCCCACAGCUGAGUAAGAGGAAGUGGCUUGUUCUUCAUUAGCUGGCAUAGAUGUGGUGUUACAAGUGUGGCAUUUUGCAUUCCUGCAGAGUGAGUUUCAGACAGUUUCAUAUGGCCUUGCUUGUUUUAAGUAACCACUGUAUUUUGCCGCCAGUAAGGUGUUCUGGACUGUCUUCAAGCAUUCACAGACAGAAUGAGAUUUUCCAAAUGCAGUAAGCAGUACUACUAGGACCAGUCACUUGCCUGACUUUAACUUCAGGCUGUUUCUCAUUUCUGAUAAUGUUGAAGCUCUGUUUUAUGCCCUUCCUAUGCCUGUCGCUCUGGAAAUGAGAUAGGACCACUGUAAAAUAAAGAAGUGGUUCAUAUGAACGUGGGUGGCUAUGCUGAAGUAUACAAAUUUAGAUUUUAUGCGUGCACGUGCAAAAUCACCUCUGAACUUAGACGACUUAGGAAUAUUGAUGUCAGUUGAGCCUAUAAAGGUGAGAAGUAAAAUAAUUCACCCCAUUGUCUGGAUGAGGAACUUCUGGAGUCACACUGGAUGCCAGACAGGGACUCCUGCCCUUUUCACAGUGGGUUCUUGCUGUUUUGUUCAUUUUACUUUGGGGAUAGGGUGUAGAGCAACACUGCUGCCCGGACACAGCUAAACUAAAAUAAUUGAUUGCUCAUCUGUUUUCUGUGGGUAGCUCUUGCUUCUGUUUUGGGAAAGCAAAGUUGGGUGGACUGUGUAGAUCUAUCAGGUUAGUGGCUGAAGUAUAGAUUGUUAAGUAUCAGAUGGGGGCUAGGGGUGAGAUGGAGCUGUGAUCUGCUCAAAAGCCUCAAUUUAGUAUCUUGGACAGGGGCAUUAGGAUUGCAGGAUGUGUGCCAUGAGUCUUUCACUCCCUUUUCUGUAACUGGGAUGUUUAAAGACAAAGGAACGAAUACUUGUUUCCCGUUCUGAAGAACCACCUCACUGCAAUGGCAUAAUUAAUAAAAUGCUUAUUAAGCAUUUUAAAGCAUUUUAAAGCAUAUUGGCACACGGUAACAUUUUUUCUGCUGCUAAUUUUUUUUUAAAGGUUUUAAGUAUUCAGAGGCAGGUGUGCCAUCGUGUUUCUGAGCGCAGAACGCGCUGCUCUUUCCAUCCUACCCCCAGAGCAUUAGAAGUAGCUGAUGGCGCCGCGACUCAAAACUGUCCCCAGCCACCAAAGUAUGAGCUGAAUGUAGGGCAACCCUGCCAGAAGCAGCUGACUGGAAACACUCCUAAUAGGCAGAGGCAGCCUUCCAAAACAUGGAACCAGAAUUGCAGCGAGGGUUUUUUGUUUGUUUGUUUGUUCCUCCUUCCGACGCUGCCAUAGAACAAUACAGACAAAAGCAUCUGGCCUUUAUAAUUUCUCCCCCCCCCAAAAAAAAAAAAAUGGCAACAGGAAUGGAGACCUUGGAUUCUUCUGCUAUCGCUAAACUGCAGCAUUCUUCUGCCUAAAGUCAACACUGCUGAGAUGACUGGGGGUGCCCAUGAGCUCAAAUCUACAGAUGAAGUUAUAGGCGUUUCUGGAUUCCCACGGGCAUCUGGUUGGCCACUCUGGGAAUCCUAGAUUUGAUGGACCUUGGCCUGAUCCAGCAGAUCUCCUCUUACUGUCAUGCUCUUCUUGGUAGGGUGGAGGGUCAUGGCACAUAGGCUUUAAGAUUCUUUCUACAACCCUGUGCAGGUGAGAAUGAAGCCAACAGGAUAGUUGACAGAGCUACCUAAGAGAACACCUCUUCUCAUAUGUAUCUACCUGUGCCCUAGGAUCUCCGUCCUUGAAAUGCCCCCUCAUUUUGAAGCAUGGUGGGUGGCCUCAAAAGAGAGGCUUUUUAGUAGUGGCUCCCCAUUUGUGGAAUGUUCUCCCUAAAGAAACUUAACCCAGCACUCACUAUAAAGCUUUUGGUGAACGCCAAGGACCUUCCUCUUAUCCCAGGCCAUUUAAUACCUUAGUAUUUUAAUGGUUCAGCAUUAAAUUUUAGUCUGUUUUAAUCUGAUGGUGAUUGUUUUUGCUUUCGUCUGUCUGAUGAUGCAGAAGUAGAAGGUGUUUCUUGUUGUGGCUUAUCUAGUUCACACUGGAUUGUGAUGGAUGUACAUCUCCUAAAGGUUUUUGCAUGUCGCUGACAAUGCAUAAUAUUUUAUUGGGGAGCUAUGUGCUGGGCGUAGCCAUUGUGCUGAUGAUAGCAUUGGGUUUCCCCCCACAACUGUGACGGUGAACUGCAAACCUGAAAAGUCCUAUACCUUCUUACCUGGGAGCAAGCCCCAUUGUCUCAAUGGGACUUACUUUCAAAAAAACACAUAAAGGAUUGUUCCAGUUGUCCUUAAAGCUGCUGCAUGCUUUUCUAUAAAAUCAGCUGGAGAUGUUAAGUUGCUCUAAAUUUUAUAUUGCAAAUGUCCUAUGCCUGCAUGCAGCCAUUCCAGUUCUCUUUAAGCAAGUCUGCCAAACGUUUUCUGGUUUUAGGCUGGCAGCCCACUCUCCAAGAAGCAGAGAGAGGUUAAGUAGCAUCAGUCAUUUCCUCCUUUGCUAAAUGAGGUCUCUAGCCCUGGAACUUGCUGUACAGACUUGGCAGGCACAUUCCACAGUGGCUUAAAUGUAUAUUUUUAUGAAUGAAACUCAAGGAAGUGGAGGUUGCUGACUCACACGCACACUCAGCCAUGACUCAUCUCAUUCUGACAGCAUCGGUAAUUUUUUUUUUCAAGAGAGCAGGCAGGAAAGACCUCCUUGAAGAACUAUGUUCCCUUCAAACACAAACAAUUGCUUUUUAGGGUUGGAUGGGUGUGGAUAGCGGUUCUACGCAUUGAGUGGGCAGAAAUGGUGGAUUCAGUGUGAGUUUGGAUUAGACGGCUUUCUUAAUGCUUGUGUCCCCCUUGUGGCAGACUGGAUAUAUUGACUAGCCACUACAUCUGAGGCUCUUCAUGCAGAGUUUGUACUAUGGUAUUGGAAUACAUUAACAGCCAGAGGAUGACUUUAAAUAAUUGGGGGGGGGGGAGUUUAAUGAGCAUUCUGUGCUAGACUCCACUCCAGCAUUCCUUCCAAUACAAGCCUCCUGUUCCUAGAUGUGUCGUCUGCUGCUGCUGCUGCUUUAGCAGCAAAGGUGGUACGUAUUGUACUAUACCAUCAAUGCUAGCAGGAUGGGGAUCUCUACAAGUUUCUGCCCAUCCUUCUGAAUUUUUGAGGACAUUGAGUUUUACUGCAGGUGUUCUUAGGAGCUAGCUGCUGCAUGGAUUUGAAAAUGCAACAGUGCUUAUAUUGGCUUCCCUUGAAGGAACAGGAGUGGGACCAGGGAGAAAUAUAGAGGUCAGCCAGUUGAAUACCUGUGAAAGCUCUAAAUAAAGGGCUGGAGAAGAACAUUUCCCUUGGGAGCAUGGCCUUCAGGUUUCCAUUUCACUCAAAGUGCAGUAAAUUGGCCCUCCACCUGCUUUUCAAUACCAUAGUUCAGUCUUGGGUUAUAUAGAGUAGUAAUUUUAAUUCUUUAAGGCAGCCUUCUCCAACCUGGUGUCCUCCAUAUGUUCUUGAACUCCUGUUGGUCCCAGCCAUCAUGGUCAAUGGUUAGGGAUAAUGGACAUUGCUAUCUAAAAUAGCUGGAGGGCACCAGGUUGCAGAAGGCGGCUCCAGAAUAAGACUGUGUGGGAGUGUGUCUGAUGCAGCCAAAUCCUACACAUCUUUGACUAGCAAAUAGAGUGAUCUGCAUUGGAGGAAUUGGCUAGCAGGUGGCCUGAUCUCCUGCAGUUCUCUUACACAUGCUUUGGUGAUGAUACAAUGUGGAUUAGACUUGAUCAAAGUACAGUAGACACACACCUCUCCCCAAAUGACUCUUCCACUCCUUUUUCUCUCCCUUUACAGGAGAAGGAUGAAGAAGAGGUCAACAUCUCCCAGGAGUCGUCGGAAGAGGAGCAGUGA